AUGAGCCUAUCGGUGUUCCUCUACUGCCUUUGGGCGUGGGGGGCCUCCGCCUGCUUGACGGAAAAGGAAAGGAGCGGCGAGCACACCAUCUACCGCCGCCAGGGGCCCGGCGGCAACGGCAACGGCACCUUCCUCCCCGUCUCCACGACCGACCGCUUCGCCGGGGGCAGUAACCCGCCGCGCGGGGUGGGCAGCCAGCCCGGCGGCGGCCCCACCGUCUCCAUCAUGAGCGUGGCCGAGGUCAGGUCGGCCUCGCAGGCGCUGGCGAGGCGAUUUAGGGACGUCGAGCUGUUCGACGCGCCCGAGAGGACGUACAACAACGCCACCUUCUCGGGCCUCCGCGUCGGCGGCAAGCCGGGCAAGGGGGGUAAGCCGGGCAGCUACAAGGGCUAUAGCGUCCUCCUCUUCGCCGCGGCCCACGCCCGCGAGAGGGGCGGGCCGGACCACCUGCUCUACUUCGUCUCGGACCUCCUUUGGGCGCGCGAGGAGAAGAAGGGCCUGACGUAUGGCGGCGUCCGGUACACGGCCAAGCAGGUCGUCAAUGCGCUGGACCUCGGGCUCGUGGUGAUUCCUGUGGCAAACCCAGACGGCGUGGCCUACGACCAGCAGACCAACAGCUGCUGGCGCAAGAACCGCAACCCCAAGAGCGCGACCGCCGGCGACGAGGCCUCGGUCGGCGUGGACCUGAACCGCAACUACGACGUCGCGUGGGACGUGGACAAGUACAUGGCGCCCGAGGCCGUCGGCACGGACCCGCAGUUCGACACGCGCAGCCCUAGCAGCCAGGUGUACCACGGCACGGCCGCCUUCUCGGAGCCCGAGACGCGCAACGUGCGCUGGGUGCUCGACACGCACCCAAACGUCGGCUGGAUGGCAGACCUGCACUCGGUGGCGGGCAUGGUGAUACACGGCUGGUGCUUGGACACGAUCCAGUCGGACGACCGGGACAUGAACUGGCGCAACCCGGCCUACGACGGCAAGAGGGGCGUGCUGCCCGACCGCCCCGGCCUCGAGUACCGCGAGUACAUGGACCAGCGCGACUGGGACGCGCUGUCGCUGGUGGCGGACCGCAUCGCGGGUGGCAUGAAUAACGCGGGCCUGCAGUCGUUCCCGUCGUGGGAGGCCAUGCACGGCGUCGGGCCCAGCACGGGCUGCUCCGUCGACCACGCCUACAGCCGGCACCUCGUCGACAGGUCCAAGAACAAGGUUUUUGGGUUUGGCAUCGAGUUUGGGUACGGGAACAACGCCGCGGCCGAGCAGGGCUUUUGCCCCUUCUACCCGGACCAGGAGGAGUUCGACGCGACCCGAUACACAGUCGGAGCUGGGUUGAUGGAGCUUCUUCUGCAGGCCGACAAGAGGAAAUGA